AUGGGAGACGUUGCACAGGUGAAGGUCGUCUUCACCACCACUGAGCAGGACAUUGUGCUCCCAGAGUCCAAGCAGCAACUGCUCGUGCCCGCAGGCAAAGGCUCAGACAUCAAGCGAUAUGGCCUCUCCCGUAUCCUCAACUCCGAGUCCAUGCUCGACACCUCCUCCCCCAUCCCCCUCGACUUCCUCGCCAACGGCACCUUUCUCCGCACCUCGAUCCAGGAGUACCUCGCGAGCAAUGGCCUCUCCUCCGAAUCCACCCUGACUCUGCAGUAUGUUCGAAGUCUGCUACCCCCCGUCUACGAGGCUAGCUUUGAGCACGACGACUGGGUCGGCGGCGUGGAUCUUCUGUCGGUCACCUCGAGGGCGGGCAUCUUGGCCGGCGGCGCAGACGUUCCCGAGCGAGUCGCGAGUGCAUCCUAUGAUGGUCUGGUCAGAGUUUGGAACCCCUCUGGAGACGCAAUCGCUGUGUCUCAAGCUGGCAGGGCUGGUGGCCACACCCAGCGUGUCAACGCCGUGAAGUGGAUUUCGCAGAAGCAGCUCGUUUCUGCUGGCUUGGAUCGCAAGGUUAUUGUCUGGGACUACAGUGAAUCCGACGAUGGUUUCUCGGGAUCUCUCAAGUCCAGCAUGGAGCUUUGGGGCCACGAGAAGGACAUCAACAGCCUCGACGUCAACGGCGCCACCAAGCGCAUCCUCACAGCCUCGUCCGAUGGCAAGGUCGGUCUCUGGUCGUCCUCAAAACGGACAGCGCCUCAGGCUGAUCCCGAGAGCCUCCCCUCUGCGCACAGCACCAAGCGCGCCAAGCUCGCGGGUGCCGCCAACACUGCUCAGCGUGGUCCCCUCGCCAUGAUCCCCGUUCACGAUGAGCCCGUCACGGCGGCCAUCUUCCACCCCAACGACUCGACUGUCGCUUACUCGGCCUCGAAAGAUCACACCGUCCGAACCAUCGACUUGACAACUCAGCGCGAGGUCAGCCGACUUACCACGAUGCACCCACUUCUUUGCGCGACGGCCCUUCCCGGUUCGUCGCUAAUUGCCGCUGGCUCAUCGGCCCGACAUAUCACACUCCUCGACCCUCGUGAGUCCGCCACAACCACCUCGGCCAUGACGCUACGCGGCCACGUCAACAUGGUUGUCUCGCUCGCGCCAUCACCCGAGAACGACUACUCGCUUGUCUCCGGCUCUUACGACAGCACGUGCCGUGUAUGGGAUCUGCGAAGUGUGCGCAUGGGCACCUCGGAGGAGGGUGGCGGCAGCGUCAGCGAGCCUGUCUACACCAUCGGUAGAGAGUGGCUCAAGGGCAAGAAGCUUCCCCCAGCUGGCGACGGAGCUAAGGUGUUGAGCGUGGCUUGGGAUAAGACUUGGGGCAUCGUGAGUGGUGGUGAAGACAAGAAGGUCCAGAUCAAUCGGGGUAGAGAUUUGUUGUCUUCGUAG